CUAGCGGGGAGGGCCGGGGUGAAAGAUGGAGAUCAGUAAGAAUAGAAGAUAGUAUUUAGUUUACGACAUUGACAGACCGAUCCUUCUUUAUAUAUAUAUCGAUGUUGUAGCUGCAUCAAAGAUGGCCAGCUAUAGGCCGAUUUCUCAUCAGUUUGUUCUGGACGAAGCUCAUCUGAGCUGCCCAAUUUGUUUAGACUAUUUUGAAGAGCCUAAGUCUCUUCCUAACUGUGCUCAUAACAUCUGUAAAGCUUGUAUACAACGACUUGAUAGAGGAACCGGAAGGAUAGUCUGUCCCGAAUGCAGAGUGGAAUCUCUAAUCCCUCAAAGUGGUGAUUUUCCAACUAACUACUUAUUGAAAUCCCUUGUGGAUGGUAUUCCAGGAAGAAAGGAAAGCAAAUGGCUGAAUGAAUCUCUAUCGAAACAUAAAGUAAGAAUCGAUACGCAAAGAAAAGAAACGCUUGAGAAUUUUGAUGUCCUCUCUCGGUUAAUAGAAGAAGGACUGACGUCUCAUGGUUUAAAGCUACGAGAACAAGUAUCCAAAACUACUAUAGAACUAAUUGAUYUUCUACGAAUCCACGAAAAAAAGCUACAUGAGAAAAUACAACAGAUAUUGCUUGAAAAGACCAAUGCUUGCCACGCACAGCUCGAGAAAAUGCAAAGGAGCUUUUCUGAUCGAAAUGAAAUUGUCGCAGAUAAAAUAGCGUAUGUUGAAGAAUAUCUAGCCAGUUCUGACAGCCUAAAAAUUGCUGAAUCGAAGGACAAAUUAUCCGAAGACCUUGAAAAUCUUUCCUUGGGAUUUGAAGAAGGUCAUCUAGAUGAGCUUGUAAGAGAGAUAUUUGAGUUCAAAGAUUUGAAGUUUGAAAAAGCAGAAUUAGCAGAUUGUGAGAUACUUGUUGGGACCAUUGUAGAUCAUUCCCGCCAAGAAGUAUUGCAGAGAGGGCAACACUGCAAGUCAAGUACGAAGAUAUUUCUCCAGAACCUCACAAAGCUUGUAGAUGUUAAGUCUCUGUGUGGUUUGUUUUCUCCUUUCGGGAAGGUUCACUGUUGUGAAAUAGCUGUCAACGACAGCGGGGAACCACUAGGGAGUGGUAUGGUGCAUUUUGAACAAGAAAAAAGUGUCACCACAAGCAUAAAGAAGAUGGACGGUGUCUUAAUGGAUGACAUGAAACUAUCUGUUGGAAGAUGCAUAUCGAAUGAUAAGUAUCAGAGUAAAUUAUCAAAAAAUCUCAACACAAACUAUGUCUACGUAUAUUAUCCUGGAGAUGAUCUUACAGAGGGACACUUGAGAAGUUUAUGUGGUAGUAAUGACAAGAUUUUGAGCAUCGAAUUGUUGACUGAUGGUGAUGGUAAAUCCAGUCUUGGAUUUGUUGGCUUUUGGAGUAACAAAGAUGCUUCACAGGCCAUUGAAUUUCUGAAUGGGAAACUUAUCGAUGACAAAAUUUGUAUAGCAAGACAAGUAAAAAAGAAAGAAAAAAUAUUAGCUGAUGCUCUGUCAGAUACUAGAAAAAAGAAGGCAAGAAAAUCUGCACUCCCAAGACCAUCUAUUUCUACAGUGUAUGUUUCUAACAUGGAUGCCGUUGUUAACGAAGAAAUCCUGACAGAGGAGUUUUCCGCUUAUGGAGCAGUCCAUGGUGUUAAAAUCAUCAGGAAUGCAAAUGGAAGGUCAAGAGGUUGUGGUUUUUUGUACUUCACAUCAGAAGAAGAUGCCAUAUUUGCAGCCGCUAUGAUGAAUGGCAAAUGGCUGGUCUCUAGAAACCUGGUAGUUUUGUAUGUGGGGAAGACAAAAGGCAAACAUCUAUUGAUCAAGAACUUGGAAGACUCAAUAGAUGGGGCUUUCCUUAGGAAAGAGUUCUCAGCUUUUGGAGAUGUGAAUGAAGUAAAGAUUAUGAGGAACCAUGAUAAUUCAAUAAAAGGUUUUGUAACAUUUACUACUCCUGAGGAAGCUGCAAUCGCAGCUGCAGAAAUGAACAAGAACAUAUUGUUGACAAAGCAGCUGUCUGUAGUGGUACUACAAUCAAAAGAGGAACGACAGGCACAACUAAAGGUGGAGUUUUCUGGAAACCAGCGAGCAAAGGAAGCUUCGACUUAAAGUUUUGUAAACAAAUCAGCUAUAGGAAAAUCUUAAAUGCCUGAAUUAAAAAUACAGAGUUUUUAGUUUAGGAAGUGGUGAGUCUCCAAGGAUGGAGGCUCCUUCAAACCUACAAAUGUUAUUGCUACCCUUCAAAACAGCCUCUGUACUGAUCAAAGUCAGGGUACACCUAAUAGCUAAUGUGUGUUAACCUAGUGUGUAAGGUUUUGUAGAUGGAGGAAAAGUGCAGAACCCUGAAAAAUAAUCCUUGAAUCAAGGGAGAGACCUAACAAACUCUUACAAGAUGUGAUAUUGAGUCUGGGAAUCAAACCUGAGAUCCCAGAGGUGAGUGCACCCUUGAUUCCCUAAUCAGCUCGGAGAAGGAAGAGGGUGAAAAAGAGCAGAAGAAAAAAGAGACAAGGAGUAAGCUGACGAAAAUAUUAAGCCUUAUUUUCUAAACAAAAUCAGCUUUUAAUUGUUUAUGUUUUACCAAGAUGCUGUACAUUAACUAACAACAGUUUUCAUCAUAUUAAUGACUCACAAAAAAUACCAGAAUUAAGUAUCAUAUUGUUGCUACUUAUCUACACCCAGCGAGCCGUGAAAUAAGACCCAGUAUGUCAUCCCGUGAUGCCUCAGUUAGACGUAUAAUUAGAGGAUUGGAUUCAGAUGGAGAGAAGUGUACAUCCAUAAGACAAGAGAUCUGACUAAGUUUCUUUUGGAAUUGAACUGUUUGCUGAAAUUAUAAAAAUGAUCAUCAGUGUUAGUAGGACGUUUGUGGGUUUAUAAUUAUACUACUAGCUAACAGUG